AUGGACAUCAAUGGCAUCCUCGCCAACCUCAACUCGUCCCAGCAUGCUGCUGUCUCGUCAGCUGCAGAUACAUUGGCUAUCCUGGCUGGCCCUGGAAGCGGGAAGACCCAUACGUUGACUUCACGAACGGCAUGGUUGCUGGCCCAAGGUCUUCAGCCAUGGAAUAUCAUUGUCGCAACCUUCACUGUCAAAUCUGCUCGGGAGAUGAAAGAGCGGAUUGGAAAGCUCAUUGGUAAUGGACUUGAGUCGAAGCUUAUACUAGGAACUUUCCACAGUAUUGCGCGGCGAUAUUUAGCACGAUAUGGGCAUUUGAUCGAUAUUAAAAAAGAUUUUGGGAUUGCGGACAGCGCCGACUCCCUCGCGAUCAUCAAGCGGAUAAUCAAACGGAAUCGAUUCAUGAUAGAUCCCAAGGUCGCUCGAAAUCGAAUUAGCGGUCACAAAUCAAGAGACCAACCCCCGGGAAGCCAAAAAACUCCGAAAUCGGUCGAGGCACAAGAGUUCGAGAUAUGUUUUACAGAGUAUGAGGCUGCUUUGAAGAUCUCGAACCUUCUCGAUUACGAUGACCUACUCCUGAGAUGUGUCGAGCUCCUCCGCAGCCACCCUUCCUGUAUAUCAAAUGUCGAAGCAGUACUUAUCGACGAAUUUCAAGACACAAACCUGGUACAAUUUGAUCUUAUGCGGUUAUUUGCCGCAGAGCGGAAACGUAUCACCAUCGUAGGGGACCCCGAUCAAAGUAUAUAUGGGUUCCGUGCGGCGGAGAUAAAGAAUUAUAAGCGUAUGCUUCGACAAUAUCCAGAUACGGUUACGAUAGCACUGGAAGAAAAUUAUCGAUCUUCAGGGUCUAUAUUGCUAGCUGCAUUGGGUGUCAUUGAGCAGGAUACAUCCCGUGUGGCCAGGUUACUGAUGCCUACUCAUACUGUUGGGACUCGGCCUGUGCUUCGCAAGCUUUCUGGGGCUUACAAAGAGGCAGAAUGGAUUGUCAUGGAGAUCCAAAGAUGUCGUGGCCUAACAGGCAAUCUGCUAGAUCUAAAUGACAUCGCUAUUCUUUUACGGUCUGCGAGUCUCUCUCGUCUCAUCGAGACUGCAUUAGGGAAAGCGGGUAUAGCUUAUAAGAUGGUUGGUGGCCUUCGAUUUUAUGAUCGGGUUGAGAUUAAAACCAUCCUGGACUACUUAAGAGUUAUAAAUCAGCCAGAUAAUAAUGAUGCCCUUGCUCGAAUUAUCAAUACUCCGUCGAGAAGAAUUGGAGAAGCUACCAUCAAGCUUUUGUUAGAGGAAGCGAAUCGAGGGAAAGUCUCUCUCUGGUCACUGAUACUAAGGUCUGUGCAAGGCAACCAAACCCUAGCAAUCAAGCUCCAGAAACAAGCGGAGCAAGGACUCUCAAAACUGGUCAACAUGAUUAUUACUGGAGGGAAGAAGUUAGCUGGGACCCUCAAGGAGCGAUCGACGAUAACAGAAAUCAUAGAGUUUGUGAUUGAGAAAACAGAUUAUGAAAAGUGGUUGGAAGUACACCACGAUGACGUCCAUAAGGGGCGGUGGGAUAACGUCCAAGAGCUCAUCACGCAAGCUUCUGAUUUUCAAGACCUCGUAACUUCUGGCUAUGAGGAUGAGACUCUUCCGCAUGUUGAGGGUCUUAAGCAGGAGGACGAUGAUAAUUAUUUAUCGAGAUUCCUUGCCAAUGUGGCACUGGCUUCGGAAGUGAAGAAUAGCGAGGAGGAAGGUGCGCCAAUUGCGCAAGUCACAAUUUCAACAAUCCACGCGGCUAAAGGUCUCGAAUGGCCGGUGGUUUUCAUUCCAGCGACAUAUCAGGGCUCCAUACCUCAUUCCAGAGCCGAGGAUGGCGAUGAAGAACGAAGAUUAUUGUAUGUGGCGAUGACAAGAGCGCAGGCUUUGCUUUAUAUGAGCUAUCCGCUCAAAAGUUCCUCCGGGGAGGCAGCAACUCUAUCACCUUUUCUCGCCCCACCAUCGACAACUCGACUUCUUGAGAAGAGAGGACCCUCGCUUGGGUCGCAUACCGUCCAAUCAAUAUCACAAAUUCUUCGACGAGACCUGCCCUCCGUAAGCUCAAUAUCAGAAUCAUGCUCCUCACUUCGCAGUAUUGAAGAUGACAUAUUUCCCGUGGAUGGCGAGGACAGCAAAGAAGCCGAGUCGAAGUUUAACUCUCUUAUGGGGAUUCCAACUUUUAGCCUGGGACAGCAAGCCCCCAAGCGUCGAAGAGUUGAGCUUGGUCGAUCUAUGAGCAAUAUCGAGGGUGUCGCGGGUCAGAAUUGGAAGCCAUCAUAUACUACUACGAUGGAUAGAGCAUCGACUAUGGGAUUUGUAAGCGCAGGAUCACAUCUUGAAGUGCUAAAUGAGCAAUCAAUUAAUGGUGGGAAAGGACUGAUCCAGGAUGGAGUGCCGAAGCUUGAAGAGAAAAUUCUAGCUGGAAAGACCAAAGCCAAAGUGCUUAAAGGUCAAGGCAAUUUACUAGCCUUUGUGGGUAAACCCCAACCUGACCUCAGCUCCGCUAUGCUACACCCCACAGAAUCGACAGUCCCAAGGGAAUCAAAGAUGGUCUCCCAGGCACCAAAGACAGUCAAUUGCUUCAAUAGGCCCAGAAUAGCAGCAUCAACCAGCGAAAGACCUGGUAUUACGCCCGCACUUGCAGCACAUCGUCUUGGACCAUCACAGAUAGGCAGUCGACCACGCCUACAAGUCCCAGAAACCGAACCACAACGUCGAAACGAAUACGUAUUUCUUUCCAGCUCACCACCGAGGCCACAGCCCGUGAUACCAGAUGGCCCCCAUCCCCCAGAAACCCCAGCUGGUUUGACCACAAAGCCGCCUUUGCUACCCCUUAUCCGCCCAGCGCUUUCGAUGCACACAACCAGUAUCUCUAUACUCAAUGGCUCGAUGGCAACGAAAAAGACUCUUGGUGUUAAGCGAAGUUUAGAUGGCUGGUCAAGUAGGAAGGGGCAGUCGUUUGUACCCCCUUCUCAAAAACGCCCCUAA